GCCGCGUUGGGGCCAAUUUGGGGCCAAAAUGGACCAACGGGACCUAACCAAAAGCCAACUUCCUCUAUUGCCAUGGCAGCCACGUUUGUCACGUAUGUGAAAAGGAGUUUCACUUUCCGUCUGGAUUACGACGACACAUCACGAGCAAUCAUCAAAUACCAUUACCCUCCAGACCUAAGACAGCAUAUUACGAUCUAAGUGGGAAAACCCUUGUGGAUAAGAAUACACCAAACGCAAUUCAACAUUAUGCUUGUCCAUCAUGCUGGACUUACCAUUCUGAACUUAGUUGGAUGAAGGCCCAUAUACCGUCUCAUAAAAUGCAACAACAACAUGAUAUUGCUAGUAUUCCCAUAAAAACAAGGAAAGAUACCUUUCUCUUCCGUGAUGCCACUUCAUUCUUACAUACGCCCAAACGGCCAAAAAUUACGACUGAGAGUAUAUCCACCUUGUCUUCCAUAGCAACUAUAAUUAGUCCGUAUAAUGUGCAUUUGUCCCCUGAUCAUAGACGUUUCGCAAUUCAGCAGUUAAUGGAUCAAACCAACCACGUCUCAUUAAAACAAUUCCCGGUAGCAUACUUAAUGCUAAAGCAAGCGUUGGAGACGGAAUUGGCGAGCUUACCUCAUUUUCUUUGGACGUUUACCCAGCCAGAUAUCAUUGCAACUGACGAUGCAAUUCUUUUAAAAACCAUUCAAUUUGUAUUAACAGAUUAUUGCAAUAAAUGUCAUCGAAAUGCCUUUUACCAACCGAAAAAUGAGCGUUCGUAUUGGAUUGACCGUGUAAUACCCAUUUUUCAAACAUUCGGUGACCAGAGCCAGUUACUUGGAUUCCAGUGGUGCGAGAUUCCUACAGAAGAGCAUGUCGAAUUCACCAUUGAUCCAGAUACAUGGAUGCGAACUACACCUAUCAAAUACCAUGACGGCGUUGGCUAUGAUAUUAAUGGCUGCAGUCGUCUGGUGAUGGAAGGAUCAAGCAGUAGCACACUAAAAGAAAACGUACUUCACACCCAAGACGACACAAUCAAGACGUUAUACGCAUCGAUAGAAAUCCUCACGUCAUUCUUACGACGCCAUGCCACUGCAUCAUUUCCUAGUCUUUGUUCUGUCGUCUCUUAUUCUCUACAGUGUGUAUGCACAACAAUUACUCUUUCUAUAACAAUGUUGGACCCUGAUAAUGUUGGCAGUUAUAUUCAAAAGGAAAUACGAUCUGUAGACAUCCCCUCUUCCUUUAACAAAUGUCAUUUAUGGAUGCAAGUAUUUGAACUCGUCGCGUAUCUUUUUGUUUCGCUUCGGGAGCAGGAAGUUAUCCUGGAAACAGUCAUGAAGGAAAGCUCAGGUGUCAUUGAGGUUAAAGAUGAAGAGAGAGGACUUCAUGUUCUUAAUGGGAUUAUUGGAACGGUUGAGCCUCUAUCUGUUUGAGAUGACCAUGGAAGUGCGUAUUCUGGGAUUGAUAAAAUAAUUUUAUUUCUGUUUAAGUUUUAUAUAACAUGGCGAUUCAGUUAUGUUAUUCUGCCAUUAUCAAUAUCAACAUCAAUACCAUCAAUAAAAUAGUUAGCUAAUUUUGGCCCCAAUUUGGCCCCAACGCUGCUAUCUUAUUGGCUAAAUAUGCGCUCAAUUUGGCCCCAACGCUGCUAUCUUAUUGGCUAAAUAUGCGCUCAAUUUGGCCCCAACGCUGCUAU